AUGGCGACAGAGUUUCACAACUUGCAGGAGUUGAGGCAAAGCGCGUCAUUGGCCAACAAAGUCUUCAUCCAGAGAGACUACAGCGAGGGGACGACGUGCAAGUUCCAGACAAAGUUCCCCUCUGAGCUGGAGACGAGGAUUGAGCGGUCUCUCUUCGAGGACACGGUGAAGACACUCAAUAACUACUAUGCCGAGGCGGAGAAGAUUGGGGGGCAGUCGUACCUGGAGGGCUGUCUGGCCUGUGCCACCGCCUACCUCAUCUUCCUCUGCAUCGAGACUCGCUACGAGAAGGUGCUGAAGAAAAUUGCCAAGUACAUCCAGGAGCAGAAUGAGAAGAUUUACGCUCCCAGAGGCCUGCUCAUUACAGAUCCCAUUGAACGAGGAAUGCGGGUCGUGGAAAUCUCCAUCUAUGAGGACAGAGGUUCCAGUGGCUCCAGCUCCAGUAGCAGUUCUGUGUCCGGCAGCACCACGCGAUGA